CAACUACAAGCGCGAGUCGAUUGCGACGACGAAGCAAGUCCCUGUUUGGGAGGAUAUCGCCGUGGCUGGAUUUUUGAACAAGGGGAAAGAGUGGAUUUCACGGGGAUAUAUACCGAUUCUAAGGGCCACGCUUGCUGCGUUCUGGCCUUUUGCGGAGGGGAGCGACCACAGCCUCCUGACCGACACGACGAAUCGACAUACGACGGCCACGGCGCAGCAAUAGGCACGCAGCUGUGAUACGAUACAUAUAAAAGCAAGCCUGGCGAACGCCGAGGGCUGAACUUUUGCAAAAGGAAAAGACCGCCGCGUGUGAUUUUCCAUGUAAACCAGCCAUGGCGCAUCAUCACCAAUACCCUCCGUCGCAGCUCGAGGGGGAGAUUUUCGAGAUGCCCGCCGACUCGGUGGCGCCAAAGACGGAGCCGCUGCCGCAGGCCAAUCCGUGGCCGUUUUACCUGGACCAGGACGUGCGGACGGAGGCGCGAGUUGAUAAAGAGGAGGGCGCUGGGAAGACAAAGGUUGCUGAGCAGCCGUUGGCGAAUCCGUGGGCGUAUUUUGGACCCGAGAUGACGUCGGAUGAAGGGAAGGACAAGGAAGAAGAUGAGAGCGGGCAUGAGGCUGCAGGGGGAGCGAGAGUGGUUGAACCGAGUGUUGGUGGAUUGGGGAUCAAGAUGGAGGAGGAGCUUAAAAUGGAGGAGCAGGGAGAUUCCAAGGCGGAGAGUGAAAAUGUCGAGGAUCCUUCGCUACGGCCACCACCGCUGCAUCUCGGCGGACAUGACAAACAAGGCGGGGAUGAAUCUCCUCCUCAUGAUGUGCGCCCUCCUGUACCAACAGUAUCACCACCACCACCACCACCACCGCCGCCGCCGCCGCCACCGGGGACAGACUAUAUAGCGCCUUUACGAUUAUCGAGAAAGCAGGUCCCAGCCUUCACAGUCGCGCCGGCCUUCAAGCCAUAUCUCCCACCAGAAGAGACUAACAAUGAGACGGUUGCGCCGCUGAAAGUGAAACACCAGAGGGCAUCAUCUGAAGGUCCCCAAGGUGGCUCGACUGCACUGCCGUAUAGGCCUUAUCGGCCUCCUGGAUAUGUUACACCGCCGGGAUCGAAAUCAGACCAUGGAGUUGAUGUGGCGGCACAUGCUGUGAUGCCGGUUCCUAGGCCUGCAUCCACAUCAUCGUCGCCGGCAAAGGCGCCUCCCCCUCCGCUGCCGAAUGCUCAGGAAACUCUGGUUACCGGGGCUGUGGCUCCCCAGAUGGCGCCGCCUCUGAAAACACCAUCGCCGUCAGCUUCGCCAAAUCCUUCGCAGCAGCAGCAGCAGCAUCAGGUUAUUGAGCCGUCUGGUUCGACGGGGGCUCCUUUAGAUGGAGCGGCACCGCAUCGCCUUCAUUCACCAUCAGUAACGGCUGGUUCUCAACUUCCUCCUGCUCCCGCUCAAGCUCCACCACCUCCUCCAGCCUCUGCUGCUGCUCCUCCUCCUCCUCCUCCUCCUCCUCCUCCUCCUCCUCCACCCCCUCCUGCUGCUUCAAUUGCGUUUCAUGCUCCUCCACCUCCCGUACCUCAGACGACGGCUGCUCCUUUACAUCAUCAUUCACCAAGUCCAUCAGCUUCCAGUCCGGCUCUAGGCCCACCGUCAAGCUCGAGUCCUGCUCCGGGCUACUCUCUUAACUCGAGCCCAGCGCUUGGACACCAACCAUAUAUGUCGCCUCAUUCUGCUCCCACUUCGUCUAUGCCUAGCCCGAACAUGACUACAUACCCAUUCCAACCCAUCGGUCAAGGUCAGCCGCAAAACUUGUAUCCUUCCUCGACCCCUACGCCGCCGACAGGAUCUCCAGGCCAUCCAGCUUCGAUGUAUUACCCACCUGCCCAGCCGUAUACGCCUCCGCCACCAACUUCAAGUUAUGAUAUCCCACAACGGACGUAUGCAUCUUCAGCCGAUAUUCCACCUCCCCAGCCACCACGACCGCCGCAGUACCAACAACCAUCGCCGGGUGCAUAUCAGCCCCAAGCGUCGCCGCAGUCACCUUUGCCUUAUGCAUUCCCUGACGUACAAAGGCCAGACACGCAACCUCCUUAUGCGCAGCCUUCCAUGUAUAAUCUUCCAUACGGGCCAGCGGUGGCUCCCCAUCAGCAUCAAUAUCCAACUCAGCCAACGUACGCUGCUCCUAAUAGCGAAGGCCCAUCUUCUCCAAACCCACAAGAUCUACUAUAUGCCGCGCCGCCUCUGCCGCCUCGCCCGGCAACGGCAACUGGCUGGGGCUCUCAGCCGCAAGUGCUCACGGGCUUCACCCCCCACGUCGUAGCUUACCCUCCGCCGCCGAAGAGAGUGUUUGACCCGCCGCCCGCGGCCCCGGCUGGCCCUCCUAGGAAAUCAUCGGGGGGCAUGGGCAUGGGCAGUGGUAAGCUCUUUAGCAGCUCUUCGGCCUUGAAGUGGAUCGAUAAGACGGGCAAGGGGCUGGAGAAUCGUCUCGAUUCUGUGCUUGGUUCGCAGGGUGCGUCUAAGCUGCCGCCUCAGCCGCCUCGACCAAACUGAGAUGUCGAAUGGAUUUCUUUCCUUCUAUAUAUAUAUGUGUGUGUGUGUACAUGCAUCUGAUGAGCGAAUUUUUGGAUUAGAAGCAGCGAUUCGGAAUUUGAUAUUGUUACAAAGUGGACCAAAGAGGGGGAAUGAAGAGAUGGUUUUGGCUAUAUUAACUAUAGCUGGUGUAUUUGAUGCAUUGCAUUUUUCUUUUCUUUUUCGUCUUUUGUAUAAUAUUCUUUUUGCGUAUUUGUUAACUGUACAUGCCUUGGAAAAUACCAUCUAAUAUUUCCAGAAAGGCUUUUACUAAAGGGUUAGAUAGCCAAGUCGUUCAAUAUACCAAUUUAU